UGGAGACAAGUCGCUCUGGCUCUGGUUCCUGCCGCUUUGAGACAAAACCAGCUGCUGCAGCAUCUGGCCAUGAAUGUCAAGUCUGCACUCUGGAUCGUACUGUCCUUCUCCAUCCAGGGGGCGUCUCUGCAGGAGUCUGACUACGACUAUGAAGAUGAAGCGUACGAUGAUUUGCAGGCUCUCAACUGCUCGACCACAGAGAGCAUCAAAGGUGGACACGUCACCUACUCACAGGGAGGCCUGGAGGGAAGCGUCCUGACCUUUCACUGUGGCCCGGGUCGGUACCCCUACCCGGUCAGCUACAGGAUCUGUGGCGCUGAUGGGGAGUGGUCGCCCAUGAGGUUACCCACCAGAAGACUUACAUCCAGGGCCGUUUGCAAAGACAUGUUGUGUCCGGGCCAGCUCCAACUGGACAACGGGGACUUCUCACCCAGGAACCAGUGGUUCCGGGCCGGGGCGACGCAGAGAUUCUCCUGCCAGGCCGGGUUCACCCUGUACGGGUCGGCCGAGAGAAACUGCACCAUCUCUGGAGACUGGACCGGAGAGCCUCCAGUCUGUGACAACCACGGUUUCAAUGAAGCGGAUGAGUGCGAUGACCCGGGGAUUCCCCCCGGAGCCGAGAGGUCAGGUGGGACCUUUUAUCUGGGAGAAAAGGUGACUUACCGGUGUCAUGCUGGCUUGAAUCUGCUCGGGUCGGCUGAACGGGUUUGCCUGGAGAACAGGGAGUGGAGUGGCUCAACACCACGAUGUCAAGGUCCGAACAUGUUUGACUCCCCCAGCUCUGUGGCUGCAGCCAUGGCAGGGUCACUGGCGGGGGUGAUGGAUGUAUUCUCUCCAGAAUACAAAAAGAAAGCCGAGGUCGUUUCCUUCGGCCGAUCCUUCCUUGUGGCUGAAGUCAGUCGCAUGAAUAUUUACAUUCUGCUGGACACAUCAGGAAGCAUCACAAAGGCGGAGUUUGACGUAUCCAGGAAUGCCACUAUUGCUCUGAUUAGAAAGCUGGACAGCUACGACAUCCAGCUCAACUUCCAUGUGCUGUCGUUUGCCUCUGAGACCAAAGUUAUAGUAGACAUCAUGGACAUGCACAGUGGCAGCGUUGAUGAGGUCAUAUAUACCAUGAUGGAGUUCGACUACAGCAGCCACGGUGAUAAGACGGGCACUAACCUGUAUUCUGCACUGAAGGAAGUCAGUGAGAAGAUCAACUUCUUCAAGCAAAACGCCGCCAAGAACCGUUUUAAUGAGACUCAGAACAUCAUCAUCAUAGAAACAGAUGGCUACUCCAACACCGGGACCAACCCCCAGAUCGGCCUGGCCCAGAUCCGCCACUUGAUAGGCUACAACAUCUCCCUCCAUGACCACACGAACGAGAGGAUGCUGGAUGUGUACGUGUUUGGCGUUGGAAGCCAAGUAAACAAAGAGCAGUUGAACUCUCUGGGCUCAAAGAAAAGCGGCGAGCAGCACGUCUUCAUUCUGAAGAGCUAUGAAACGCUGGGAGAGGUGUUCAACAGCAUCAUCAGUGACAACAGUGUGACAAUGUGUGGGAUAGCUCAGGAGGACAUCUCCAAGAAACAGAGGGAGGACUCAGUGGAGGCCUACGUCACACCCUGGCAUGUGACUCUGGUAUCACCAGACUGGGGACAUGGCAAGUCCUGCUCUGGGUCCAUCGUGAGCCAGAACUGGGUGCUGACAGCGGCCCACUGCUUCGGCAGGGCGAGCACAGACCGAGUCCCGAAGGAAGUGAGCAUACGCUACAAGGGGGGAGAAGUGAAGGCUGAGAAGGUGAUCAUGCACCCCAACUAUAACAUCUAUGCACUCAAACAGAGAAACGUAAGCGAGUUUUAUGACUACGAUGUGGCCCUGGUGCAGACGAACAGGAGCAUCCCACUGUCCUGGAAAGCCAGACCUAUCUGCUUGCCGUGUACCACACCGGCCUCCCGGGCCAUGAAGAAGAUCAACUCUACCUGCGAGACGCACAGGAAGGAGCUGCUGACACACAAGGAGACUCCGGCUUUCUUCAUUCACAAGAAGGAGGAACGCAAACAGACACAUAUUCACACAGAGAGUCAGGUGAGCCCCUCGUCUGUACAUGCACUUGUUGCACAUUUGCUGUUUUACAGUGUGAGGUGCACUCGUCUUCAGAGGCCUAGCUGUGUGGAGAAGGCCAGGCGGACGCUGGAGCAGCCCAUCGAUGUAACUAUGGAUGAGUAUGUCCCUAAGAGAUUCCUCUGCACCGGAGGCACCAGGGGAUACCAGGACGCCAUCAGCUGCAAAGGUGACUCUGGCGGAUCCUUGUUUCUGCAGAAAAGAAAGCGCUACUUUCAGGUGGGAGUGUUAAGCUGGGGCAUCAUAGAUGUGUGCAAGCAAUCCGGAUCCGGCCACAGCCGAACCAGCGGCAGGCCUCCGCCCGACGCUCGAGACUUUCACAUCGACCUCUUCGAGAUAAUGCCGUGGCUGAAGCAGCACCUGGGUGGGGAGAUCCAGUUCCUGCCUGAGGUCCAGUGAGCAGGAUCAGAAUGAAAACUUCAGAUUUCAGCAGCACAAACAAGGUUGAGCCUUUUCCAAAAUGUGCAAUGUUAGAUA